AUGAAGCUCACCACCUCCCUCGCAGUCAGCGCUCUUCUGGCCGCUAGCACCGCUCUGGCCGCGCCCCACGAGGCCCGCCAGCAGCGCCGUCAAUUCGGCAGCGGCUUCCCCGGCGACGGCGCAGCAGUGAACGGCUUCACCAGCGGCGGCAGAAACCAAGGCCAGGGGCAGCCCUCGUUCAACUGGGGCGCAUCUGCCCCCAGCGCCAGCGCCAGCGCCAGCGCCAGCAGCAGCGAACAACAACAACAACAACAACAACAACAACAACAACAACCGACCCAAACUGCCGCACCAACGAGCUACUACGCCAACCCCAGCGCCGCGGCGCCAACCACCACCGCGAGCGUCAACCACCGCACCAGCACCAACACCGCCGCCGACUACGAGAUCAACGAGAACUGGGCAGGCGCGGUGCUCGAAUCCGCCCCGGCCUCCACCGCCACCUACACCUACGUGGCGGCGACCUUCACGCUGCCCAGCGUAACGCCGACCGCGGCCUCCAGCAGCUCCGACACGCAAGCCGUCUCGUUCUGGGUGGGGAUCGACGGGGCGACGGCGGGCAACUCGAUCUGGCAGACCGGGGUGGACAUCUACGUGGACAGUAACAACGAGACCUCGUUCGCGGCGUGGUACGAGUGGUACCCGCUCAACUCGGUGGACGUGGAGAUGGACUUCUCGAUCGGGGAUGUCGUGUUCGCCUCCGUCGAGGCGACGAGCAGCACGGCGGGGACGGCCGUGAUUGAGAACCUAACCACCGGCAAGAAGGUGACGAUGCAUGCGACGGCGCCGAGUGAGAGUGCUAAGCUGGAGGGGCAGAAUGCGGAGUGGAUUGUCGAGGACCUGGCGGUGGAUGGGGAUGGGUUGACACUCGUGGGAUUUGACGAUGCCGUGUUUACGGGCUGUGUGGCCAAGACGGCGGAUGGGCAGAGCUACAAUCUUGAUGAUGGGGCGGCGCUGUAUGCGGUUCAGGAUACGUAUAGCUCCAGUGUGCAGGCGGUGCCGGAGAUUGUGAGUAGUGAGAAGUUGGUGGUUAGUUAUCAGUAG